CUAUUUUUGGUAAAUUUUCUACUUCUUUCUAGUUUCUAUUUUUGGCAAAUUAGGUGCAAGUCCUUAUGGAUGUGGAAAAAUUCUGUACGAAGAAAAAGAUGAGCGAAAAUCCAAUAUGGAGGACGCGAAGAAGUGUUUAGAGCUGACGCCGGACGAGUCAGAGGCCGUGUCGCGAGUCGUCGUUCCAGAAAUCCGAGUCGGAAAAGAGCCGAGUUUGUACGAUCUUUUCGCUACGACAGGCAUCCGAGUCGACCGAGUCGAACCCGGAUUCGCCGUCUGUUCUUUCAAGGUCCCUCCUCGCCUCACCGAUAAAGAUGGAAAUCUGUCUAAUGGUGCAAUUGCAAACCUUGUUGAUGUAGCUGGUGCUUCUCUUAUUUAUGUUAUGGGUCUCCCCAUGAACGUUUCAGUGGACAUGUCCAUCUCCUAUGUGUCAAAGGCGAAGAUUGAUGAUGAGUUAGAGAUCACCUCAAAAAGGUUAGGACAAAAAGGCGGUUAUUCUGGAACAUCAGUCCUGAUGAGAAACAAAGCAACUGGGGCGAUUGUAGCCGAAGGUCGACAUUCAUUGUUUCGUUCACCUGCUGCUAGCAAACUCUGAGUCCUUUCCAUUUACAAGUACAAACCAUGUAUGAAGCGAACUCUCCAUAUUAGGGUUGCUUUUCUUUUUGUAAGUAUUCAUUUAUUUUUUAUUUAAUAAAAGAUAGAAAUGUUAGAAGGACAUAGAACAAAUAACCAAAUUAUUGGCCUUGUAAUGACUUGGAUUUUUUAUUUAUUUCAAACUCCUGCACACAUUCACACCAGAUAAAAUGAGACAUAUUACAUCCGAUUGCAUCAAGUA